GAUUGAUUGUGGAUACUCCUGUCAGUGAGGUAUCCUACAGACAAGAGCACCAGCUGGCAAAUGAAGAUCUCUUCAUGGGAGCUGAGGCCAGAGCAUUCCUCGAAAAGGAAGAAUUCUCCUCCAUGUCAGUGACAAGGAUAUAUCAGACAGUGAGAGCUUUCUAUGUUGAUGUCAUUGGGAAGAUGCUGAAGGCCUUUCCCUUACAAUCUCAGCUGCUUAAAGACCUGGAGGUACUGGACCCAGCAUCUCGCCUGGAUAUCUCUCCUGAAACAGAUGUCCCCCUCUCUUAUUUCAAGAAAUUUGAUAGCAUAGCAAAGUCCUUCAUUUGGAAUGAUGUUCAUCAUGAGAGAGCAGGUGGAUGUGAUUGACGCUAGAGAACAACAGAUGCUGCAUACACCAGUGAAGAUUGAAGUGAAGCAGGAGGAGAUAAAAGAAGAAAUCACAACAGAGGAACAACAGACUGAUGAAGAUGAUGUUGAACAGCAGAUGCUGCAGACACCAGUGAAUAUUGAAGUGAAGCAAGAGGAGAUAAAAGAAGAAAACACAACAGAGGAACAACAGACUGAUGAAGAUGUUGAACAGCAGAUGCUGCAGACACCAGUGAAGAUUGAAGUGAAGCAAGAGGAGAUAAAAGAAGAAAUCACAACAGAGGAACAACAGACUGAUGAAGAUGAUGUUGAACAGCAGAUGCUGCAGACACCAGUGAAUAUUGAAGUGAAGCAAGAGGAGAUAAAAGAAGAAAACACAACAGAGGAACAACAGACUGAUGAAGAUGUUGAACAGCAGAUGCUGCAGACACCAGUGAAGAUAGAAGUGAAGCAGCAGGAGGAGAUUAAAGAAGAAAACACAACCGAGGAAGAACAGGAAGAUGGUUGUGAACAGCAGAUGCUGCAGACACCAGUGAAGAUGUGUUCAGUGAAACUGCAAGACUGCAGGAACCUGAUGAAGAUGAGAGGAGAAACCACAGCAGAUGAACAACAGAGUGAUGAUGAUGAUGAUGAUUUUAUUCCUUCAGAGCUGAUGGAAGUGAAAGAACAUCAAGAACUGAAUGAAGUGGAAGAGAGUUGCUCAAAGACUAAAAAUUAUUUCCCACUAAUUUAUCCUCAAAGAAGAGCAGCCAAGAAAUGUUUUACAAAUAAAAGGCGCCUUGAUGUACACAGUAGAGUUCACACUGGAGAGAAGCCUUACACAUGCCGUCUGUGUGGAAAGAGUUUCACUCUGUCAGUACACCUGAAAACACACAAGAGAAUUCAUACUGGAGAGAAACCUUACAAGUGCUCACACUGUGGAAAGACUUUCACUUUGCCACAAAGCUUGAAAUUCCACAAGAGAAUUCAUACCGGAGAGAAACCUUACAAGUGCUCACACUGUGGAAAGAGUUUCACUUUGCCACAAAGCUUGAAAUUCCACAAGAGAAUUCAUACUGGAGAGAAACCAUACAAGUGCUCACACUGUGGAAAGAGUUUCACUCGGCCUCAAAGCUUGAAAUUACACAAGAGAAUUCAUACCGGAGAGAAACCUUACAAGUGCUCACGCUGUGGAAAGAGUUUCACUGCGCCACAAAACUUGAAAACACACAAGAAAAUUCAUACCGGAGAGAAACCUUACAAGUGCUCACACUGUGGAAAGAGUUUCACUUGGCCAGAAAGCUUGAAAUCACACGAGAUGAUUCAUACCGGAGAGAAACCAUACAAGUGCUCACACUGUGAAAAGACUUUCACUCUGUCAAAACACCUGAAAAGACACGAGAAAAUUCAUACUGGAGAGAAACCUUACAAGUGCUCACACUGUGGAAAGAGUUUCACUUGGCCAGUAAACCUGAAAACACACGAGAGAAUUCAUACUGGAGAGAAACCUUACAAGUGCUCACACUGUGGAAAGAGUUUCACUGCUCAACAAAACUUGAAUAAACACAAGAUAAUUCAUACUGGAGAGAAACCAUACAAGUGUUCACACUGUGACAAGUGUUUCACUCUGUCAGGAAACCUGAAAACCCAUGAGAGAAUUCAUACUGGAGAGAAACCUUACAAGUGCUCACACUGUGGAAAGAGUUUCACUUGGGCAGAAAGCUUGAAAUCACAUGAGAUAAUUCAUAUUGGAGAGAAACCAUACAAGUGCUCACACUGUGGAAAGAGUUUUACUUUGCCAGAAAACUUGAAAUCACAUGAGAUAAUUCAUACCGGAGAGAAACCAUACAAGUGCUCACACUGUGAAAAGACUUUCACUGUUUCACAAUACCUGAAAACACAUGAGAGAAUUCAUACAGGAGAGAAACCAUACAAGUGCUCACACUGUGGAAAGAGUUUCACUAGGUCAGAAAACCUGAAAGCACAUGAGAGAAUUCAUACCGGAGAGAAACCAUACAAGUGCUCAUACUGUGGAAAGAGUUUCACUCGUCCAGAAAACCUGAAAAAACACAAGAGAAUACAUUCUGGAGAGAAACCAUACAAGUGCUCACACUGUGGAAAGAGUUUCACUGUGGCACAAAGCUUGAAAACACACAAGAGAAUUCAUACUGGAGAGAAACCAUACAAGUGCUCACACUGUGAAAAGGGUUUCACUGCGGCACAAAGCUUGAAAUCACACAAGAGAAUUCAUACCGGAGAGAAACCUUACAAGUGCUCACAGUGUGGAAAGAGUUUCACUCUGUCAGUACACCUGAAAACACACAAGAGAAUUCAUACUGGAGAGAAACCUUACAAGUGCUCACACUGUGGAAAGACUUUCACUUUACCACAAAGCUUGAAAUUACACAAGAGAAUUCAUACUGGAGAGAAACCUUACAAGUGCUCACAUUGUGGAAAGAGUUUCAGUUGGCCAGAAAGCUUGAAAUCACAUGAGAGAAUUCAUACUGGAGUGAAACCAUACAAGUGUUCACACUGUGAAAAGAGUUUCACUCUGUCACAACACCUGAAAUCACAUGAGAGAAUUCAUACGGGAGAGAAACCUUACAAGUGCUCACACUGUGAAAAGACUUUCGCUAGGUCAGAAAACCUGAAAACACAUGAGAGAAUUCAUACUGGAGAGAAACCAUACAAGUGCUCACACUGUGGAAAGAGUUUCACUCAGCUACAAAGCUUGAAAUUACACAAGAGAAUUCAUACUGGAGAGAAACCAUACAAGUGCUCGCACUGUGGAAAGAGAUUUACUGCGGCACAAAGCUUGAAAACACAUGAGAUAAUUCAUACCGGAGAGAAACCUUACAAGUGCUCACACUGUGGAAAGAGUUUCAAUGCACCACAAAGCUUGAAAACACAUGAGAUAAUUCAUACUGGAGAGAAACCUUACAAGUGCUCACACUGUGGAAAGAGUUUCUUUGUGGCACAAAGCUUGAAAACACACGAGAGGAUUCAUACCGGAGAGAAACCUUACAAGUGCUCACACUGUGAAAAGAGUUUCACUUGGCCAGAAAGCUUGAAAUCACAUGAGAUAAUUCAUACCGGAGAGAAACCUUACAAGUGUUCACACUGUGAAAAGACUUUUUUUCUGUCACAUCACCUGAAAACACAUGAGAGAAUUCAUACUGGAGAGAAACCAUACAAGUGCUCACACUGUGGUAAGCGUUUCUCUCGGUCACAAAACCUGAAAACACAUGAGAGAAUUCAUAGUGGAGAGAAACCAUACAAGUGCUCACACUGUGGAAAGAGUUUCACUCAGCUACAAAGCUUGAAAUUACAUGAGAGAAUUCAUACUGGAGAGAAACCAUACAAGUGCUCACACUGUGGACAGAGUUUCACUGCGGCACAAAGCUUGAAAACGCAUCAGAGAAUUCAUACUGGAGAGAAACCUUACAAGUGCUCACAUUGUGGAAAAUGUUUCACUUGGCCAGAAAGCUUGAAAUCACACAAGAUAAUUCAUACCAGAGAGAAACCUUACAAGUGCUCACACUGUGGAAAGAGUUUCACUCAGUCAAAAACCCUGAAAAAACAUGAGAGAUUUCAUACUGGAGAGAAACCAUGCAAAUAGGCCUGUCAUGUUAACUACUUCUGUUGUACGAUAUAUUAUAUAUAUUGUCUUAGAAAUAAUUGCGAUAAACGAUAUUAUUGUAAUUUUAAGACCAUUUUAUGCCACUAAUAUAAUUAUAAUAUAAUAACAUAAUAAUGCAAGUACGUCCUUUCAAAGAGCAUCUUUUAAUUCUUAAGGAUAGGCAGACUUUCAAAACCAAGUAAUUCUUUUUUUUUUACCAGCUCACUCAUAACUUUGGAUAUCAUUGUGUUUGUUGAUUUGAUCUUUGACUGAACAACGUAUUCGGAAUUAGUUACAUUAUUUUAGUCUUAAGGUAGGACCUCCAUGUCACACCUACCAAUGACAGAGACCAGUGGCUGUAAGAUCUUUAGCAGUCAGGAAGAAGUUUUCUUGAAAUUUUGCACUGGCAAGCUGUUACCAACCACCGACGCGAACAAAAAACACAUUGGUUUUGGCCAGAUUUAGUUUGAAAUGACAUCAAACCCAUUGGUUCUUCAAAUUUGUGUGAAGUGUGCAGGGUCCUUCAGAGUUAUUUAUUUGGGAAUCAAAAUAAAUUGGUAGUGCUGUGUCUAAUACACUUUUUAGAUUUGUAGAGAGCACUUGUUGAGAGUAGACUUCAUGAAGAUCAUACGAUUCCGGUAUUUUGUAAAUAAGUCUCGCCACCCAGCCCUACUGUUGUAUUGAGCCCAGAAUAUUUCUUUAAACCUUAAACCAAGUGCACAAUAAACAAAUUACAGUGGGCAUACGCUUAAUGAAUGAAGCCACAAUCCCAAACUUCAUACAAAAACUUGCGCACAUAGUGAUGGAAGAGUUGAUAACAUGUAAGAAUUGCUUACUCCCAUUAUUGCACUGAUUGGCACAAAAUGGUGAAAAAUAAGAAAUAACACAAAAUUAUGUUCAGACAGCAUUUUCCCUUAAUGUUAGUAUAUGGUUCCAAUUUGGUAAUUUUAUGGGGGAACCAAUUCUUAACGUUCUAGGAUGGCACAUUUUUAUAUGCUAAUUUUUGACUGAGGUUGCACAGGUUGUUUAUAAGUCUA